AUGGCGUCGCACGAGGACGAUAAGUCGUCUGGUUGGAGUCGCAAACUUCACGGUGUUCCUUCCACACACGUUUCCUCCAAAAUUGGCCAAACAAUCAACAAAGUGAUAGAGAAAGACGAAAAGACGUUUGCCGUUUUCAAGACCGAUCUCAAGACAACGUUGAACAAAUACAAGAAAACAAGUAAUGAGAGACAGGAAUCUCAAAAGAAAAUACAACAAUCGCUCGAUAAAGCUUUAGAAUCUUCGCAAUGGCUUGAAAGUUAA